GAACAAAUAAGGUGAUUGGAGGGAAGCGAUGACGGAAGCUAAAUCUAGUAAUAAAUCUAAAUGUGCUCUCAGGAAAUAAUGUUGCCCGUGUAGAAGAGAAUCCUUCAACCUUCUAUUGUUUCAACUCGUUUGAAUCAUCCAUAAUCUUUAUCCUCCCACGCAAUAAUGACAGUUCGGCGAUUAUCUUUUUCACAGCUUCAUCGGUGAAUUCAGCGGAUGUAGUACACAAUCCGAGCAUCAAAAUUUAACAAUGCGGCGCACCUUGACAUUAGGCAAUGGUUGGGGAGGGGCCUCGAUCUGCGAUGUAGCUUUCAAGCAAGUUUCGAAACCCAUUUCAGCUCCCGCAGCUGCAAGAUGGACUCCCUCCGGACCUUCUCUGGUUGCAAAACGAUUUUCAUCCGGCUUCAAAAAUUCGCCAUCGCCAUUGAGCCCCGCGUCUAAGCCAACCCCACAACUAUCUACAAGUCGCCUUCUCCAACAAACAAGAAUUGGCUUAUCAUCUCCAUGGCGGCCGGCAGUAUCUCAAUUACGACCUUUCAACAGUGCAUCGCCUUUGCAAAAUUCUCCCAAGGGCUCAGAUAGACAGGAUCACAUCACACGAGAACGACAAAGGCGCGAAGAAGAGGAGGAAGAUAAUAUCGAUGAGCAAGGGGAUUUCGCACGGAGUGAAAAGGCCUCUAAAGCGACACAAGUCAAUUUGAGCGCAAGAUUACAAAGUAGUGGGAAGAAACAAGGAAAUACGGCCGCUUUUGGUGAAAUAUGGAGGUUACUGAAAAUUGCUCGACCAGAGGCGAAAUGGCUCGGUUUGGCUUUUGUAUUCCUGCUGAUAUCUUCAUCAAUCACCAUGUCAAUACCUUUCUCCAUUGGAAAAAUUCUCGACUUGGCUACUAAAGAUCCCUCGGAAGGCGAAAAACUUUUUGGGCUAGAUAUUUCUCAAUUCUUCAUUGCUCUCGCCUGCGUUCUGACUAUGGGUGCCGCGGCUAACUAUGGACGUAUCAUCAUAUUAAGAAUAGUUGGAGAACGAAUUGUAGCCAGACUCCGAUCACAAUUGUAUAGGCGAACUUAUGUACAAAAUGCGGAAUUCUUUGAUGCCAAUCGAGUUGGAGAUCUUAUUUCUCGGUUGAGUUCAGAUACGGUUAUUGUUGGAAAGAGUAUCACUCAGAAUCUCUCAGACGGCCUACGAGCCAUUGUCAGCGGAGGUGCCGGAUUUACAGCUAUGGCAUGGGUGAGCUUAAAGCUUACAAGCAUUCUGUGCCUCAUGUUCCCACCUGUUGCAAUCGGUGCAUUCUUUUAUGGUCGAGCGAUCAGGAAUCUUAGUCGAAAAAUUCAAAGGAAUUUGGGGACUUUGACUAAAAUCGCCGAGGAGAGACUCGGAAAUGUUCGCACAAGUCAAGCUUUCGCUGGUGAGACACAAGAGGUUGGCAGAUACAAUCAACAAAUCAAGAAGAUAUUCUCAUUAGGAAAGCGAGAAGCAUUGAUUAGUGCAACAUUCUUCAGUUCAAGUGGAUUCUUUGGCAACAUGACUAUCUUGGCAUUACUAUACACUGGUGGCUCUAUGGUUAAGAACGGUAUGAUAAGUAUCGGUGAAUUGACAUCCUUCUUGAUGUAUACAGCUUAUGCCGGGUCAAGUUUGUUUGGUGUCUCCAGCUUUUAUUCGGAACUCAUGAAGGGUGUCGGUGCUGCCAGUCGUCUUUUCGAGCUUCAAGAUCGAAAACCUACAAUCCCUGCAACUGUUGGUACUAAGGUUAAGUCUGCUCAAGGUGUCAUCAAAUUCCACAAUGUCUCUUUCGCCUACCCAACUCGACCAGCAGUCACGAUUUUUGAUGGUCUUGACUUUGAAAUUCCUUCAGGUACUAAUGUGGCAAUUGUCGGACCUAGUGGUGGAGGAAAAUCUACUAUCGGUUCGCUUUUAUUGCGAUUUUAUAACCCUACAGAGGGGAAGAUUACAAUCAACGGUCAAGACAUAACAAAAAUGAAUGGAAAGUCUCUUCGCCGUCGUAUUGGAAUGGUUGGCCAAGAGCCUGUUCUUAUGUCUGGCUCAGUUGCUGAAAACAUUGCCUAUGGGAAACCCCAUGCAUCAAGGUCUGAGAUUAUCGCAGCUGCACGAAAAGCAAAUUGUCAAUUCAUUGGCGACUUCCCUGAAGGUCUGGAUACACAAGUUGGAGCACGUGGUGCCCAAUUAUCGGGAGGACAAAAACAGCGAAUCGCAAUUGCUAGAGCUUUGCUCAAGAACCCUGAUAUUCUUAUACUAGACGAAGCAACAUCAGCUUUAGAUGCCGAAUCCGAAACUCUGGUUAACUCGGCUCUUGCGGCUUUACUCAGAGGACAUAAUACAACAAUUUCAAUUGCCCAUCGUCUUUCGACUAUCAAGCGUUCCGAUCACAUUAUCGUUUUGGGCAAUGACGGGAAGGUUGCUGAAACCGGAACCUACAAUAGUUUAUCUAACAACCCCAACUCGGCCUUUUCGAAAUUGAUGGAAUGGCAAAUGAGUGGAGGUGAUGCAGCGGAUCACAGACCUGUUGAAUUAGAAGGUCACUUCACAGAGUCCGAGGAAAUCUCAGACGACUUGUCGCGUUUAAGUGAUUCCGAUGCUACUGAGGGGGAGGCCAUCGAGGAAAAAACUAAGACAGAAGCUGUUUUGGAAAAGACAAAUACCAGAACGAAGUAGAUUAAGAGAGAGUUAGCAAACGGAUUGGGAGGAAAUGUAUGGAUACUAGCCUUCGGUUUCUUGUUUAUUCUCGAGGCGUUUAUAGAGUACGUGGAUAUAAUAUGGGGCUCUUCACGGGCUCCUUUUACCACACAGCAGAGAGGUAGGGGGGUUCAUUACUAGCGAGAGUCUCAUACCGGCUUGUUAUAGGUAUAUCCCGAAAAGGGGAAACACAAUUGUAUUAUACUCCACUCAUAUGAUAAUGCAUUGAGUUGUACACUUUUCUUGAACAGCUUAUGACUUUUAUAUUUUUGUUAUUCUACGCGUCAUCUUUACCUUCUCCCGUACACUUUGGGCUUCGUGAGAAUAUCUAUUGCAACGAAUAGCAUUGAUACAGACUUUCGACAUGACGAAUUUAAAGUCUUCAUAGGUGGCUCGGCCGGUCCAACCAUAACGCCUGCA